AUGAUGUAUGCCACACCUCACAAAUCCAGCUCCCACAAUGGAAGCACGACCUUGCGACAAACGCCAUCUUCGGCACUGUCGUCCAGAUCCUCCAGCACUUCAUCUUCUUCUUCUUCUUCACCUCCCUCAAUCUCCACACCAUCUUCUUCUUCCCCAACCUUGCAGUCCUUGCGACUGACGUCUCCCCGCAAACGAAUAAUACGACCAUUGCAUCAUUCGAAUCAUCACAAUACUCAAUAUUCCUUGAGCAGUGAAUGUUUGCGCUUGCUUACCAAGAGCAACAAGCUAUUGUUGGGGAUUGCUUCGUUACUGGUCACGUGGCUCUUGACGGCAUCGCCCUAUGAACGCAUGGCACUGGAAAAGCUUACUCGCAAUUAUGAUAUCCCCAAUGGUUAUUACGACCAUUCAUUUUCGUUGCAGCAGCAGCAGCAGCAUUCCAACAAUCCAUUGAUUCGUGCCAAGCGGGGUCUGCCCGACAAUUUGUUGCUCCUCAAGAGCAGCAGCAGCAGUAACAGUCACAAGAAGAACCACAAUCUGAGACAACGAACAGCCAAAGAGGAGGAAGAGAACAAGGUGCCAGACGUUGAUGUCACGCCACCGUCACGGCUUCGAUUGUCUCCGGAACCAUUUUUGCCUACUGCGCAAACGCAAGUGCAUUUCUUGGCCGAUGCCACGACGCCGGAUCGCACGAGUAAAUUCAUUUUGGAUGGACUCGAGCGUUCUAGUUAUCUAGAAAUUACGGCCAUUUCGAUUGCCCAAUUGCACGCUACCGAACGGCAAUUGGCCAGUCUUCAAGUCUUUGAGCGUAAAUCAGAAUUGCCCCUGCUGUAUGUCGUGGAUUGGGGAAGUAUGGAUCGGGAUUGUGGACUCUUGCAUACCAUGCUUCAGAAAACGAGCAUUUCUCGUUCGGACUCGAUACUGUUGAUGGACUUUUCGGCCAGUCAUCGUCACACCAAGUGUGCCUUUUUGGACGAUUACAAGACCAAGUAUACCAAACGAUCCGUGGUGGAAAAGAGAUAUUACGACAUGACGUUCAAUUGGAUCUAUCCAGGUCAAUUAAUGGAGAAUGAGGGUGGCGAUGUGGUCCACUUUGCUCCAUUGGUCUUGCGGGAAUCCUUUGUGGAUUUGAUGCACAAUGUGACCACUAGCAAAGUGCAGCCACUAGAGCGAACCAAUGAUUUACUUUUCAAUUGGAAGCCAGGAGACAAUUCCCACUUUGGCUUUUUGCGUCGAUUGGUGGCUGACAAGGUGCAAUCGUUGGGAGCAAAUGUCACUUCGUUUGCAGGAUCCGACCAAGGCUACGUCGAAGCCAUGCUGCGAUCCAAAAUUAUCGUCUUGGCACAACGGGACGAAUGGGAAGGACAUUAUCGGCUGUUUGAAGCCAUGGCCAGUGGUGCUCUGGUAUUGACGGAUCCCAUUUUGGCCAUGCCGCCCCAUUUUCAAAAUGGAACCAAUCUGGUGGUCUAUCACAAUUUGGAGGAAUUGAAGCGUUACAUUCGAUAUUAUUCCAGUGACAAGCGCACCAAGAAGCGACUAGAAAUUGCACAGAAUGGUUAUGCCACCGUCAUGGGAAGGCAUCGAACCUGGCAUCGCAUGGAAGAGAUUGUCUUUGGAACGGCACUCACGUCAGUGGACCAAUUGGAUGGGCAAGCACCCACGAAACAAGAACGCCCCGAUUUGACAUUGGUGGAACAUUCAUAA